AUGGCAGAGCCACCUAUCGACCUCAAGACACUCCGCACCCCCAGCGAUACACUCAAACCACAAGCACACGCGAAUGACUCGAAGGUAGACAUCAAAGAUGACAGCACCGUCCUACAGACUUGCGCAUAUAUAAUCCAAGCCCCCUCCCCGCCCUUUCCCGUCUUUGUGAUAGCAUAUGCCAUCAAUGGCUUCGGCAUCGCUCUUCAGGACGCCCAAGCGAACGGCUUUGUCGCGAGCCUGAAGGACAACCCGACGACGAAAAUGGGCAUAAUGCACGCUGUAUACGGAACGGGUGCUCUCUGCGCACCGCUGGUAGCCACGCAGUUCGCCCAGCUCCGCCACUGGUCGUACCAUUUUCUGUGCUCGCUGGGCGUCGCAGCCUCUUGCGGUGUCGUUCUGUCCGCCGUUUUUCGCUUCAAGACACAAGACGAAUGCUACGCGGAGAUAGGCCAGGCCGCGAACGAGUCCGGCGAGAGUGCGGAGAGCGACUACAAGCAGAUCUUUACGUUGAAGGCUGUCCACCUCCUCGCGAUAUUCAGCCUCAUAUAUGUCGGCGUCGAAGUCACUAUCGGAGGAUGGACCGUCACGUACGUUAUCGACACAAGGCAUGGAGGUUCUUCGUCUGGAUAUAUAUCCUCUGGUUUCUUCGGCGGACUGACCCUUGGGCGGGUCGCUCUUCUAUGGGUUAAUCAUAAGGUCGGUGAGAGGACGGUACUUUUCAUAUACGCCGCUCUUGCCCUGGGGCUGGAGCUCGUUAUCUGGCUCGUCCCCUCUCUCAUCGGCGGCGCUGUGACAGUAUCUAUAGUCGGUGUGCUGCUGGGACCGAUGUACCCAAUCAUCAUGAACCACUCCGGGCGUAUCCUGCCGCGUUGGCUUUUGACAGGUGCCAUUGGAUGGAUUGCAGGGCUAGGACAGGCGGGUUCAGCGCUGAUUCCAUUCAUCACGGGUGCCUUCGCAUCCCGGUUUGGUAUCACCAGCUUACAGCCUGUGUUGGUUGCGAUGAUGGGAUGUAUGAUCGCGAUAUGGGCCAUUGUACCCAACAGUCCGCGACGUCCGGAUUAGACACCAACGAUAAAACGAAAUAAUGUUACGUGUUAUAAUGAACCACAACAAUUCAGACGUUCGCACAAACAGUUGAUGAUGUACCAGACAAACGUUAUAUACUGAGGUUACACCAAGCGGACGUCACAGGAACCUCCAGCGCAUCACCGCUUUCUUCUCGUCCUGCUACCGUUUGUUGCGGCUUGCAUAUUUGCACGUCCUUUUUGCCGUUGUACAUCCGGAGAUGUAAUCGAACCCACUGAUGAUGCAGCCGACAGCCUGGUCGAGCGUCUCGGCCGGAAUGAUGACUCAUCCUCAUCGCUGCUCGCCCUCGAAGACCGUCCCUUUCGUGAGGGCUUCCUGGGCGACGCAGGCAGCGGCGGGACAUCGUCUUCGAGCUCCUCCAGGGUGUACGAACCAGGUAUACUGCGGCUGAGGUCCGCCUCUUCUUUCUGUCGCUUGGUAGGAGUGGGAUUGUGGUCGGUAUUCCGACCGCGAGUACGUUUGCUGGGGGGAGGCGUCGGGGAGACAGGAGGAGAAGGACUGGGACUGCGUGCUCCAUUGAACAUAGCCGCUGCACUGGCGUGGCUUUGCUCUGAACCAUGGCUGGAGCGGAAGAAUAGCUGUUCUGGGCUAGGCUCCGGUUCGGGGGACGGCGUGUCAAUAGUCUCAUCGGGAUCGAAUGCUCCAGGCAAAGCCCUUCUUUGGGACUCAGAGAGAGAUUUGUCGGCGCGCUUCGGGGACCCCCGAGAACUGGCGAGCGACGCUGAGAGCGAAUCCGACGUGCUCGGACGAGAUGGUGCGAAGAUGGACGCCGAGAACUCAUUUGCCGGGGGUUCUUCCUGUUGAACAGGUGCCGACUGCUCAUUCGCAAUGUCGGAUGCUGAGACCAUCGCAACGUCUUUGUCAUUUUGGGAAGGUUCUGUGGCGGGUAGAGGUAGCUGACCGUUGGUCUGCUCUUCUGCUGUAUUUUCAGCAGGGAGAUCCUUCGGCAGCGCCAGGGAGGGUGGUGUAGGAGGACGGUCCAGAUUCCUGGGGGUGUACCUGCGCUCGGGCGACCUCUUCAAUGGUCGUCUCUUCGACGGAUCGUAGAAUGCGUUAGGUGCUUUAUUAGCGCUCCCCGUCUUAUUGAAUAAUGAAUUCCCUGGGAGCACCAUUGGCGAGUUGGGCUUCCCAAGUCCAAAAAGACCAUUCCCAUAUUUCAUGCCAGACGGACCGGC